CUGAGGAGACAGAGCUGCACUGGGCAGGACUGGACAAGACAGGAGAGGCGUUCGGAUCGCAAAGUUUAGAUAGAUUAUCGCCUUAAGUAUCAGACCACCACCUCAUCCUAUCGAAGAGAAAUAAACAUCACCCUCAACCCGAAGAGAUUAAACAAACUACAUGCAAGCAACAGCAGGAGAUUUUAUGAUGGAAAAUGAUUUUAUCAACCAAGCAAAUCUAUGGAACAUUUUUACAGCCUCUGGGAAUAUACAUGUUUAAGUUUGACAUUUGCAAUCUGUAUUUCUUUAAACAUUAAAACUACCAUCUAAUAUCAUGGACCUCUCGGGCUCCCUGCCUCCACCCUCUACAUACACCAUCUCCAUUCUCCCCAAUUUCUCCAUUCCAUCCACCUCUCCCACUAUCUCUCCCUCUCCGAGCCCGGCUUCCACAGCUCUAUUCUGCUCCCUUCUCUCACUUCUCUCUUUGCUGGGCAUCAUUGGAAACCUAUACACCCUGGGUCUCCUUCUAAAACGCAGGAGAGGCAGGAGACGACGUGGAGCAGGAGAAACUUGCUGCCUGAUGAAAAUCCCUGUUCCAUCCUGUCUUGCCAACUCCACCUCCCCUUCCUCCUCCCCGAUCUCCUCUUCUUCCUCCUCAUCCUCUCUUCACCUCCAGGUGCUGAGUCUUGCUUGUGCUGACCUCCUCUACCUUUUCACUGCUCCCUUCAUCGUGUAUGACAGUCUGGCUUCUGGCUGGGCCUUCGGCGAGCUGGGUUGCCGCCUUCUGCUGAGCCUGGACCUCCUCACCAUGCAUGCCUCCAUCUUCACUCUCACUGCGAUGAGUUUGGACCGCUACCGGGCUGUGGCUCACCCCCUCCACACCUCCUCUUCCAACUCCUCCGGUCUGCUGCGUGUAGGCCUGGCCUGGGGGCUGGCGGUGGCUCUGAGUUUGCCCAUGAUGAUCACCUUGCACCUGGAGGAUGGGUUGACCCAGGAAGGCCAGCUGUGUGUGCCUGCAUGGGACGAACAGAGCUCCAAGGCCUACCUGAGUGUGCUGUUCUGCACCAGCAUCCUUGGUCCUGGAUUGGCCAUCGGGGCCUUGUACGCUACUCUAGGUCGGCUUUACUGGGUGUCUCAGACCAGACCAGCCUGGGCCAGUGGGAGUAGCACUGCAUGCCCUCCACGUGCUCCCAAACCUAAAGUCUUGCUCCUAAUCCUUGGUAUUGUCCUAGCCUUUUGGGCCUGUUUCCUCCCAUUCUGGGUGUGGCAGCUGCUGCCUCUGUACCAGCCUGACAUGCUGCGGACAGUACCAGUGGGGACCCAGGUGACAGUGAAUCGCAUCCUCACGGGCCUGACUUAUGGAAACUCUUGUGUCAAUCCAUUUUUCUACACACUAUUGACUGGAAAACGAAAACGCAAUCGGCAGACGCUGACUUCAGCAAAUCAGCUCUGCCGCAAGAGCAGCCCACUGCAGUAGUGUUACACCAACAGUGGGGACAACAAUAUGAGUCUGAACACAUAUAUAUAUGUGCGGUUCAGUAUGCACAUAUACGAGCUGUACAUGAAUGCUUUAUGAGCUCCACAAUAGGCACCAAAGAACAUUCACUGUAGCCUUAGCCUGCAAACUAAGAAAACAGAAAAAUACUGAGUACAUGAGAGCACUUUGUCUACUGUAAAUGAUAUGUGAAAAGACAAUAUUUCCACUUUGGAAACUAAAUGUUAAUAUUUGGGUUUAUGAGCCCAAUGACAAUCUUUGAAAGAUGUGUCGGUCCGCAGUCAAAUCCAAUGCUGUCUUUAAAAUGCUAUACCCAAGUUUACAUAAAAUUUGUUUCAAAAUGUUUUACAUUUAUUUGUGUUUACAGCAAAGCAAUAUAGCAACACAUGGCUUACACAAGUGAUUAAUAAAGCAGUUACUUGUGCAUAGCAUUUCAGCCAAAUCAGUAAAUUGAAAUACAGACCAUUUUAAAUCCAGUCUUCCUUUGUUACGUAAUACUGGGAUAACAUUUAUUAUUUAGGCAUUAUGUCAUGCAUGCACAAGACAAGCAUUUCCAGUAAAACCUUGAUGCACUUUUCUUCCUGUUUUCACAGAAAUAGGCUAUCAAAGAAAAUGUUUAUUUUGAAACAACUGGUUGUAACUGGUCAGGACCUCAUUGGGACAUUUUUCUGAGACAUUGUUUGUUGACAUAGUGAAUUAUGUUUGAGUGAGUCAACAGUCUUUUGUUUGCUUCUCCUGAACCCUGACAUAUCUAAAACAACUGACUUUUUUAUAAUCAUGACUUGCAUGUUGUGCUUGAAAAUGUACUUAUUAUUAUACAACAAGCAAUGCUUUGCAAGGCCUCAGUUUGUGUUGAUUGUAACUGAUGUUUAUAAUUAUGCAU